CGUUUGAAAAAGGAGACUAGACCGAAGUAUGGUCCGUUAAGUUGAGUGAAAAGGUGCGCACUUUAAGCAAUGGCGCCGCACGAUCUCCGCCGUCCGUUCAAGCGAGCUGCGAUUUCCGAUCAGCAGAAGCGCAGGGAGCUCUCGCUGCUCCGUCAAGAACAGAAUCGCCGCGACGCUCAACAGCAAGCGCGCUGCUUGGCUUCCUCUAUUCUCUCGCUCCAGUCUCCAGUCCCUGAAUCAGAACCAGAACAAUCCGACAUCGAACUCGAAACUGCACCUGAAAUCGAGAAAGAAUCUGGAACUUUGUCGAAGGACCUCGAUGUCCCUCGGGCUUCGAAGCUCCGAGGACCAGAAGUGCGAAAAUGGUUCGCGAGACAGCUUAUGCUUCCUGAGUGGAUGAUCGACGUCCCUGAUCGCUUGAGCCAAGACUGGUAUGUAUAUGCAAGGCCAGCUGGAAAGCGAUGCUUCGUGGUUUCAUCAAACGGAACCACAGUGAGCAGGCAACGAAACGGCUCUAUUUUGCAUCAUUUCCCAUCGGCUUUACCGGCCGGAGCCAAGACCAGAGACAGCUCAGGUUCCGGUCAAUCAUAUUGUAUCCUGGACUGCAUUUUCCACGAGCUGGAUCAGACUUACUAUGUGAUUGAUAUGGUUUGUUGGAAUGGAUACUCUCUCUAUGAUUGCACUUCUGAGUUUAGGUUCUUUUGGUUGAACUCGAAGAUCGAAGAGAGUGGUGCUUGCAAUCCUCCUUCAUGUUAUCAUAAAUUUAGAUUCAGCACUGUACCUGUGUAUACUUGUGAUCAGAAUGGUUUAUAUGCAGCAUAUACUGGAGUUGUGCCUUAUGUCAAGGAUGGGCUAUUGUUUUAUAACAAGCAUGCGCACUAUCAAACUGGAAACACGCCUCUGGUAUUAGUUUGGAAGGAUGAGAACUGUAGUCAAUAUGUUAUUGACACAGAUAGUAAAGGAGAGAUUCCAAGCCAACAACAGGUAGUUUUGGAGUUGCAAGACAAUGGAAAACUGGUUACAUCAGAUGAUCCACCUGUGCUUUUUGGCUACUUAGAUGGGGAUAUCAUACAGAAGUCAGGGCUGCAUUCAGGGAACCUUUUACGAUUCGCUGUUAGUGAUGGAGGAUUGAGUUUUGUGGAUGGGAAGCUUGACAAGGCUGAUUUGAAUUAUCUUGGCAAGGCAAAUCGAGGACGUGCUUUUGCAGAUAGUUACUCAAAGGUUGUGUUCCAGUUUACAGUUCGGCAUUCUCCUCUGAAGAUAGAUGAUCUACUAGCAUCUAUCAACUCACCAGAUGAUCAAGAGAAGAAACCUUGUGAUGUAGAGAUGGUCGGUUGACUAUGUCCAUAGUUAUGGGAGGUUUGAUGUUGGUAUGCCUACCAUGCUAAGUUUAGGCCCCGUCAUGGACUACAGUUCUCCUGAAGACUUCCUUGCAGGUCACCACUGGAUGACUUGCAUGCAUGAGAUGGCUGUUUUUGUAAUUUUACCAAGCACAAAAACAAAGGAGUUUUUGGCAUAAAUGUGAUGUGUAACUUCACUCGGCUUGGCCCAAGUGGCAAGGGGGUGGAGGGUUUCGAUACAGAUGUUAGGUUCAACUAAAAUUCUCUAUUCUUGUGCCAGAAAGAAAAAUCAUUAUUAUUAUUAUUUUUGUAUAGGUUUGCCCUGUAACUUUGCAAGUUCUACAGUAGCCAGCCACUCAUUUGAUGGAGGACGGUAUCAUUCAAUUGAUGUAAGAAAUUUGAUUAAUGCUGUUGUUGAGGACAUUUCAUAGGACAA